AUGUUUCGCAAAACGAAGAGUCGUACAAAUUUGCGGCAACGUUUGAUGCAGAACGAUGAUACGGAAGAUGAGCAGCCAAAGAAUGGUAGCGUAGUACAGCAACAACAACAACCGCCAUUAAAGCAAAAUCAUUCGGAAAAGGUGAAUAAAACGACGGAAAACGAACCGCCUGUGGUAACAAAAACGAACAAUUUACUCAGUUUUGACGAUCUUGAAGGUGAUGACGUUACCGAUUUUAAAAUAAGGAAAAAAGAUCACAACAAACGAUUGGAAAAAUUGGCUCGAAGGGCGAAACAUCUACAUAAUAAGGAGAUUGAUUUGAAUUAUAAUGAUGAUGAAGCUUCAACAAUUGUUUUAAAGGAUAUCAAAAGAGAAAAGUUUUCACCAUCUGUACAUCAAGAGAAGGAGGAAGAAGAAAAGCCAUCAUAUUCGAAUGAAAAAUUAUUUGAUAAAGCAAUUGUAUCGGAAGAAGAUGACACUGUUCGAAAUAAAUUUUCAAAUUCUUUUGCAGGGCAAAUUCCGGAUGCUCAAGCAGUUUAUGAAGCUAGAAAGAAACGAGAAAAAUUGCGUCGUAUAGGUGCAGAAGGCAGAAUACCCAUUGAUGAUGUACAACGGCUGAAUGAUAAAUCUAUCGCUCGGUCGCGGUUGGUUCGAGAAGACGAUAAUGAUAUGAGCGAUGAAGAAGAUGCUGGCAGGUUUUAUUCUUCCAAAUCUCUAUUAAAAAACGAAGAAGAACGCCGAAGGAAUGAACAAUCAGAAUUUUUGGCUGUUGAACAAGGAGAUGAUGAACAAUCUGAUGAAGAAUUGGCAAGAUGGGAAAUUGAACAAAUGAAAAAAGGAGUAUCCUCGAAUAAGGUGGAAAUGCUUGAACGCGAACGUGAAAGAACGGAUUUUAUGAGGCAAUCUAUGAUGCUGCAUUAUGAAAUACCUCAGGAGGAUCGCGAAACCUUACCUAUGGAUAUGGACUUGGAUAUUGAUGUCAAUGAUUCACCUUUGCUAAAUUCGUCAUCAGGGUUUUUAUCCGGCAGCGCAAUGAACAUAACAAUGGAUGGAAUCUUCUCAAAGUUGAAACAACACAUUGUUAAUCGGGAUGAGGCACUGAAUACAAGAGAAGCAGAAUUAGAAAAAAUUGAGCAAAAUAUAAAAGAGAAUAAAGAAUCGAUAGCUGCACUUGAGAUGCAGAAACCUUUAUUAAAGGAUCGCUUUGAUAUGUAUCAAGAAAUGCGUAUUUUUGUUCGAGAUCUUCUUGAAUGUUUAAAUGAGAAGUUGACUGAUAUCAAGAAUUUGGAAACUCGAAUGUAUUCUAUUCGGAAUAAUCGGACCCAAAGGCUUUUAAAACGUAGGCGACAGGAUGUGCACGAUGUCUAUGAUGAAUGUUCGGCAGCUGCAGCUGGUCGAUCCAUUACUCGAACUCCCGAUUUCGUGCAAAGAAGUGCAGAACGGGAAGCCAGAAGAGCAAGGCGUCGAAGACAACGAGAAAAUACAUUGGUAGGAAUAUCACACGAAGAGGGAUUGAGCAGUGAUGAUGAAGAAACAAAAACUGAAAUAGUUGUACGCGAACAAGCUGUUGCUGAAAUAACUGAGGCGACUCGUGCAGUUUUUGUUGAUACUCUGGAAGAUUUUUCACAUGUGGACCGAAUCAUUGCGAGGUUUAUCGAUUGGCUGGCCGUUGAUGAAAAAUCUUUUAUUGAUGCUUAUGUUCAGCUGUGUAUACCUAAAUUGUUAUCACUGUUUAUUCGAUUAGAAAUGAUAGCAUGGAAUCCUCUCGAAAAUGAUGAAUUGUCAUUGCAUUCAAUGCUGUGGUACCGAGAUCUUAUUGGUUGCGGUACUGAGAAUGCAAAUAUUAAUAUUGAACACCCCGCUAUUGUUUCUUUGAUUCCUCUUUAUAUUAUUCGUGAUCAGUGGGAUCCGUUAUCUAUACGACAAACACAAUCUCUUGUCCAUCUUCUCGAUACUUUGUUUGACGAAUGUCCGACACUGGAAUCAAAUAGCCGUGUCUUACAACGAAUACUUACAACUAUCCGUCAACGAGCUCAAAAUUCAAUUGAUGAAGAUCUCUUUGUCCCAAUAUAUUCAAAGCAAGCUGUCGAAAAUCCAUCCAGUGGUUGCAAACUCUUUUUGGAUAGGCAGUUUUGGACUGCAAUUAAACUAAUGCGAAGUCUUGCUAAUCUGUCGAAGAUAAUAUCUGAAGAAGGUCUAAAAGAACUUUUGUUAGACGGAAUAGUGAAUCGCUCCAUCGUUGUAGCACUACAAUGCUCUAUAUGGUCAGAUCCUUCUAUGGUUCGUAAAUGUCGUGCCAUUAUUAAAUUAAUACCACCUGAAUGGUGGAUCGAUCGUUCUCGUCUAUCAAUACAAUCUCUUAUCAAUAUACUUAAUCGAAUCGCAGAUGAUUAUAAAACCUCAAGCAGGCAUGCAUCCAUUUCUAUACACCUUUUACAUGGUAAUCUCGGGCGAAAACAUCCCAUUGAAGAAGAUCAAGUUGCGAGUUUGAAAAAAAUGGAAUGGCCAAGGGCAGCAAUCGUAAUCGACCGGUUCGAACGAAUGGCUAAAGUCAAUAUUCGAGAAUUGCGAGAACUUCAUCGAAGCAUUAUCCAGCUUGAUUCAAUCAAUGAUCAGAUAAAUGCAAAUUGCGAUCGAAGGAAUGCUAUGCGUAAAAUCGAUCGUCUUUUAGCUGAAUUAUAUCAGAUUCUCGAGUUAAGAAGUAAAUUACGAUUAGAUGCUCAAGAACAAUUCGAUUUGCGAAUUGAGCCAGUCAGAUUACAAAUUCAGGCUGCCGUUAAUGCAUUAAAAACUAUUUGCACUGAAACUAACGUCAACAAUCAAAAUGGAAAUAUUUAUAACGAUUUAUAUGAGCAAUCUACAGCAUCAAAUGAACAAAACGGACAACAGCAACAGCAACAGCAGCAGCAGCAGCAGCAGCAAAUGGAUUCAUUGAUGCUUAAAAAUGAAGUAAAAAUGAAGGCAGAAGAAACGAAAAGGCUGGCUUCGGAUGUUGAAGAUUUAAAUGAAGUGAUGAUUCAACUGGGUCAGCUAGUAUUUGCUCAACAUGAAGCCGUGGAUAGUAUUGAAGAACAUGUAGAGAAAGCUAAAAUUGAUUUAUGUUCGGGUCAUCGCAACUUGAAAAAAGCGCAAGCUUUAAAAAGUGCGAAAUAUCCUUUAGCAGCCGCAGCAGUAGGAAGUAUAGCUGCUGGAGGUCCUGUUGGAUUUGCCGCUGGAUCAGCAAUUGCUGGUAUUUUUGCUGCAGUAGGUGGUGCCAUCGCAGGACUUUAUGGUGGGCGAUUAUUUAGAAGGAAAGCUCAAGAGGAUGCGAAUUGCGAUGGAUGA